AUGUUUGACCCUGUCAUCUUCCUUCCGUUACUGUUGGCCAUGGUGUCAACGGCAUCCGCAAACGUCACCACUAAAUUGGUACCAGUGGUCGAGACAAUUCCCGAUCCGACCCCCUCGGUCGGAGAGUUCUGGAUCGACGAAGACAAGUCGAUUCCGCUCAGACUGACCACCGUCACACAUAUCGAUGCCUCCCAGUCUACCACAGUGGUGCCUGUCAUCAUUAGCUCGCCCAAGGUCGAUGAGAUCGUCCACCAGUCCGUCGCCGUCUUCACCGUCCCCGGCCAAGUUGCUCCCUCCCCGUCGAGCAGCGAUCACAACGGUACCCACCACAUUCCCGUCGUCGAAGAGGAGCACAGCGGAAACAGCCAGCAUGUGGGCCCCACGACUGUCUACCAAACCGUCUACCUCCCCAGUCCAUCAAGCACAUCGACUUGGUCGACUGCAUAUGAAGAUUCGGUCACGAUUGUCUUAACGGUGUAUGUCAACAAUGCUGCUGCCACCGCCAGCACUAGCACGUCGUCGUCGUCGACAACCACAAGCGAGUAUAUCACGGUUGUCAUACCCAAGCAGUCGUCAGCCACACCAAAUGUCGUCGUCGUGGAGUCCCAGAAGUCAUCUCAACUGGAGCCUACAACCACACAGUUCAUCACGACCAUCACGACUCAGUCUGCCAAACCCAAUGUCGUCGUCAUGGACAUACCAAACAAGGCGUCCACCGAGGUCAUCACGAUUACCGAGUCCUCUGAUCCCAAAGUUGUGGUCGUCCAACCCAAGCCGUCCACCGAGGUCAUCACAGUUACGGAGCACGGCAAGCCCAAUGUCGUCGUCGUGCAACCCAAGGAGUCGAACGAGGUCGUCACGGCUACUGAUUCCUCUAAGUCGAAGGUUGUUGUCGUCCAGGGGCAGUCAAAAGAGUCCUCGCGCUUCAUCACCAUCGUCAAGACUUUGCCCAGCGGGGUAACCGAAACCGACAUCAUUGUCGUGAAGCCCAAGGACCCUGCCACUGCCACUGCCACUUCAACCGAACAACCCGUUCAACAAGAAGCCAAAGCCACCACCAACACAGUACCUUCAACCACGCCUCCUCCCAUCACGCCCACGGUAGGAGAGGUAACCAACCUCAUCACCCAAACCAAAACCCAAAAAGUCACAAAAACCCACUUUUCCACCAGCUACCUUGCACAUGGUGCACCUCCUCCACCCGCACCUGAACCCGCACCCGAACCCUCACCACCCGAACCCGCAGUGGUGACAGUCGUCGAAGUCGUCACCGUUUCCAACGCGCACCCCUUCGGUAUUGGAGCUUCACAUACCCCUGCGGCUUACUACACCCACCAGCCGGACGCAGAUCCGGGCGGUAUCCAUUGGGCGCAGGGCGUGCAUACGGUUCCUGGAGAUAGGUCGGCGGAGUUUGAGCGGCUGAAGCCGCCAGUUUGGCCUACUUGGGAGGUUAAUGUGGUUGUUGCUCCUUGGAAGCAAACUGAAAGUGAAACUGGAGCUGGAGCAGCAGCUGCUGCUGCUAAGACUGGAAUGCACAUGGGCAUGGACAUGGAGGCGGCUAGGAGCACUACUUCGGUUACCACCCCGGAUCAGGGUGCGGGUGCGGGUGCUGUUGACAACGCCCAAGCUCAAGCUACAUCUACUGUCGAGGUUGAGGUUGAGGUUGAGGUUACUUCCACGUCCGCCUCCGCCGUCGAGACUACCUCUGCCUCUGCCUCUACCAUUCAUACCACCUUGACUUCUCCCAUUGUCCACACUACCUCUACCUCCACCUCUACACCUGUUAUUGAGAUUAUUUCCAUAACAAACGUUGUCGCUAAUUCCGAUGCUACUACUCAGGAUACCCACGAAACGCCUACUACCGAGCACGAGCACGAGGGUGAUGAUACCACUACCUCGGAGGCCGAUGGCACUCAAGAGCCGCAGGAGCAGGAGUCGCCUGACAUCGUCCACGUCCACGUCCAGGCCCGCGAUUCCAAUAUGGACAACAUUGACAAUAACAUCAACCUCGUCGCGCAAGGAUGCAGAGACAGGAACCCCAAGGGCUGGAUCACCCUCUCCGGAACCAGAAGCAAUCCUAACCCUACGUACGGUCCCCCGCUUACUUGGCCGCAACACUGUGACGGGGGAAUCACUUUUAUUACUGCCAUUCGCAAGAUGCCUUCAUUUAUCACGUCUACGUCCAUCGACAACGCUGCCGCUACUCCGAUGAUAACCGCUGCUCCUGCUCCCAGUUCCCAUCCUGAGCUCGAGCCCACCGACAGCAGCGACAGCGAGAAACACGAGUCACUGGAUGCAGGUGGUGAUAUCAUGACGGCCCAUGUCACUCGUACACCUGCACAGACCUCGUAUAGCACCCGUACCUUGACAUGCGGUAACCGGAUUCGCGACAACGACAGGGGCACCGUUGUGAACAUGAAGCACAAGAGGAUCGAGGACAAUAUCAACGCCGAGGAGCACAAUGCCAUCAGCAUCAUCGCCGAGCACAACAUCACCGAAGUCCAACAGGCGCUCGUAUCUCUCGCUGUGCAAGAUGGCGGAAAAGACGGUGACUUCUGGUCCGAAAUCGGCGACGGCAUCAAGGAGGGAGUCGAGAGAUUCGGGAAUGAUGUUGUGGAGGGGCUCAAUAAUCCGAUUUGCUUUCUGAUUCCUUGCCACCAUGCCAAGUUUGGCGACCAUGCUCACCGUGAUCACCAUGGUUAG